GUUUCCACGGCCAUUAACCCUGCUUUAGCUUCCCCUCUAGUUUGCAUGAGACACCAUGGACAUAAACGCUGUGAAUGCACUCUCGUAUGGGGAAUUUUUGGAAAUAUUUGGGAACGUGAUUGAGAAAUGUCCCAUCAUCCCAGCUGCGAUAUGGAUCCACCGUCCGUUCACAGGCCUAGCGGACAUCGAGGCCCACAUAUCCGACUUCAUCGACAGUCUACCUGAAUCGGGUAAAGAAGGAAUCCUCCGGUGCCACCCGGACCUGGCGGGAAGGGAGCUGCAGAGCGGCGCGUUAACCCGGGACUCGCAGGAGGAACAGCGCGCGGCUGGCUUCACCGACCUGCAGCCUGUGGAGGUGUCGCGCAUGCGCAGCCUCAACUCUGAGUACAAGGAGCGCUUCGGCUUCCCGUUCGUCAUAUGCGCGCGGCUGAACACCAAACGGGACAUCACGCGCGAGCUGCUUGACCGCCUCGGCAACGACCGUGCGGCGGAGAGAGCGCGCGCCAUCGACGAGGUGAAAAAGAUUUGCGCGCUGCGACUGCGCAACCUCAUGCUGUCCGACUCCACAAACAAGCUCUGAAUUCAUGAGCUUUGCGUGAAAUCGGACGGGAAUGAUCACGUCAUAGGCUGUUUAAUUUGCUUGGCAUUUCCUUUUAUUCGAUUUGAUUGUGAUUAGUGUGUAAUUAACUUGCCAGUACUUUACUUACUGAACGCGACUUGUAAUGCAUCAUGUUCUCAAUUCAUAAUGCACAUUAAAGAUAGCUAUAAAGUGGGAUGCACUUCCAUGAAUAAUUAGGACAGCGCGUAUAAUAUUUUAUGAGAGUAUUAGCUAUAACAUGAUGUGAAUGUGUUCACACUUCAUUAAGAAAGAGUUAGGGAAGGUAUAUAGCCAAUCACUUAGGGAUUAUUUCAGCACUGGACCAACAUGUAAUAUUUAAUCUUCAGACGUUUAGAGCUGUUUAAGUGACUAUUUUAAGGUGUGGCAAAUGGCGCACUUAUAUAGUGCUUUUAUCCAAAGCGCUUUACACUGUGUCUCAUUCACCCAUUCACACGGUAGCAGAGCUGCCAUGCAAGGCGCUAACUUGCCAUCAGGAGCAACUUGGGCUUCAGUGUCUUGCCCAUGGACAUUUCGGCAUGUGGAGUCACGUGGGCCGAGAAUCGAACCACCAACCCUACGAUCAGUGGACAACCCGCUCUACCACCUGAUCCACAGCCGCCCUAAUGACUAAUUGAAAUCCGACUUAUUAAAAUUCUACAUUUUUAAAUGAAUCUCACAGUGGAAAUUACAUCCUACACUUGAUCUCCUGUCAUCGGUAAUAAUACCAAGGAAUUUGGGUCUGAAAAUGAGGUAUAUGCCUAAUGCUAUUUAGAGCUUCACCACAACUUUAUUUGGUUCACUUCUUUUCACAAAUCGUUGCAAAUAAAAAUGCACGUGAAAGCAUCAGCACCUUUUACUCGUGUAAUGUACAGCAGCCUGGUGUAUAUAUACAAAAUUAUGAGUAACAUAACACGACAAGACAUAACACCUCCCUGGGAUAGGCUCCAGGUUCGCCGCGAGCCAGUGAGGAUAAGCGGUGCAGAAGAUGGAUAGACAUGACAUAAUAUAACAUAAAAAUAUAGUGAUCAUAAGGCAAUCGCCUUAUAAUAAAUUAGAGAUCUUCGUUUUGUUUUCAUCUUCAUAAUACUCUGUGUUCACAGAAUCUGAAAUAAACAGUGUCCACAUGAAAAUAUAAACGCUCCUACUGCCCUCUAGUGGCGAAAACGCAGGACGCCUUACACCAGACAGGCUACAGCUUUCCAUCCAUCUUUUUUCUAUACCGCAUAUUUUACAUGGUCGCGGGGAACCUGGAGCACAAUCACAUACACAUUCAUUCACUACUGACACUUUGGACAUGCCAUACAUUUCUUUGGACUGGGGGUGAAAACCGGAGUACCCCACACCCACGGGACUCGAAACCCACAACCCUGGAAGUGUGAGGCGAACAUGCUAACCACUAAGCCACUGUGAUGCAGAUUUAGUUAGAUUUAAAUAUUAUACAUUUUCAACAUGAUAUUACGGUUGAAAAUGUGUAAUAUUUUGUGUUGAAGACAUGCAAGAAAAAAGAAAUGACUAACAUGAAAACAUUAGGAGGGGUUUUAAAUGGCUUUCCCUGUAAUAUAAUGUAUGGUGUAGUAUAAAAACACCGGGCAGAAUAAGUAGGUUGAAAGGCCAAUUUCCUCUUAAAAAGCAUAUGUUCACUUAUUUCUAAAAGGUGGGGAUGGUACAGUCUGCAUACUCAUUUAUAAUUAUGACACUGGUCGUGGUUGAUGUCUGAGCCAUAAUAUCAUCAUACAAAAUAAUAAAUAAAAAAAAAGAUUA